AUGGUGCCUGUUCUGGUUGAGCGAGUCAACGUUGAACCAUUUGGAGACGACGGAGCGUUUUACAGCGUGGCAUUAAAACGUGGCAACAGUCUGCUGAAACAAUUUCAAGAGAAUGACAUUUUAUCUGCCAGCAAAAUGCUUCAGGAGUUCAGGGACGAAGUGAAGAAAUGUGUACAAAAAUAUAAAGAAUGGGUGGUGACCAGAAAGAAACCCGGCUGCCCUGCAGUGACCCUGACCACAGAAGUAGAAUCAGUCACCAUUUCUCUGGAUGUUGUUCUCUGUCUCAUGGUUAAAUCAAGCUGGCCGUCUUUCACAAACGAAGGCCUUAAAAUAGAGCGCUGGCUUGGAGCUAAAGUGAGAAGGGACCACAGGCUAAAGCCAUACUAUCUUGUCCCAAAAUAUGAAGGCAAAGGCAACGUGGAAAAUGAGAAUGGAGUACUUGCUAAAGAUAUUUGGAGAGUUUCUUUCUCUCAUGUGGAGAAGGCCAUUCUGAUGAAUCACGGAUCAGAGAAGACGUGCUGCGAAAGAGAGGGAGCGCCCUGCUGCAGGAAAGACUGCUUGAAGCUCCUAAAGCACCUUCUGAGCCUGCUGAAGGAAAGCGACUCCUCGCUUGACAAGUUCUGCUCCUACCACGCCAAGACCACGCUCUUCCACGCCUGCUGCUCCAGAACUAAAGACAGCGACUGGAAGGCCUCAGACCUGAGCCUCUGCUUCCAUCGGCUGCUGGAGGACUUCGAAGGCCACCUACAAAGAGGUGAACUCCCCAACUUCUUCAUACCCAGUCAGGACCUGCUCUCUGGACCCGGCAAGAAGAAGUGCAAAAAUCUGGCCGAUCGGAUCGAGGAGGAACGUCACAAAGGCUUUCCUAUAUUCAGCCAACAACUUGAUAAUCCACGUUAAAUGUUUGCUUUGAGACUUCAUCAGCCCCACAGAGUCUGAAACAACCAAGUAAAAACUGAGAAACUAAACCAAACUUCAUCUCAAACUAAAUGAAAAUAGAUUCUAUGUAUUUAAAUGUAUGUUUAUUGAAGCUAUUGCUUCCAGAAACCUGGCUUAAAUAAAUAUGUUUGCCUUUUCA